UUUAUGGAUCGGAUGGUCUGAGCCAAACAUUGUCAAGAGAGAAAAAAAAAAUGAAUAAAUCCGUGCAAAUUAAAACGGAAAUCGUAUUGCAGGAAACGGAACAGAACGAUGCGUUUUCGGAACAUAGAGGAAAGGGUUGUAGGGAUUUUACUGACGAUAAAAGUGUGUCACCACAACCGAGUGAAAUAGUAACAAAGUUUGAAGCUGAGCUCUCUCGCAUUAAUGAAAAACAUGGCUUCGAAACAUCAGAAGAUCAGAUCGUCGAUAAAAUCAUUGGAACGAUCAAUGAAGAUAUUUCUGACCGUUUUCAGACGGAACAUGAAGGUGGUGGUGACCAAUCCACUGAGCAAACAUAUUUCGGGGACAAGUUACCGUACAAGUGUGACAUCUGUGAAAAAGGAUUCGCCGAACUGAAACGUCUCGAGCUUCACAUGCAGACUCAUACGAUCAUGAACGGCAAAAACAAUAGUAAAGAAUGCUUAUUUCAUUGUAAAUUAUGCAAACGAAGCUUUUCUGAAGAACAUCGACAUGAAAUCCACUCGAAAAUGCGUGCUGUCAAAAAGACGUGUGAUAUUUGCGGUAACAGUUUCAAAUCGAAGCAACAAUUGAUGAAUCAUAUGAGACGUCACACUGGAGAACGUCCGUACAAAUGUGAUAUAUGUGGUAGAAACUUCACGCAAAUGGGUUCAUUGCAAUACCAUAGCGCAGUACAUGCAACCGAAUGCCCUUACAAAUGCAGCAAAUGCGGUAAAAAAUUUGCUCUCAAAUCUCAGCUCGUCAAACAUUUGAAAAUUCAUACCGAAGAACGAACUUUUCGCUGCAAUGUUUGCAACAAGGGAUUCCUAAUCAAUUCAUUGCUCACAAUACACAUGCGUUCUCAUACUGGUGAAAAGCCAUUUGAGUGCAAAGUUUGCGGUAAAUCUUAUAGCACACAAAGCAAUCUAAUGCUGCACAAUAAACGUCACCUAGACUCGGAUGUUAGACCGUACGAAUGUGAACUAUGCGGAGCACGAUUCAAAACAAAGUUUAUAUUCAACUCUCAUAGCAGAGUGCAUUCCCACAAUUGUUCCGAUUGUGACAAACAGUUUGUUACCAAAAACGAGCUCAAGAAGCACAUUGAUACCUCUCACAAGGAACGCGCUUUCAAAUGUAGAGUCUGUGAUAAAGCCUUUUUACUCAAAAAGUACCAGAAAGAACACGAGCGCAUCCACACCGACGAUAAACGGUACAAAUGCCAAAUUUGCGAGAAAAGCUUUACAAGGAGGUAUAAUGUUAAUCUACAUGCCAAAAUACAUACACGUGAUUCUGGAAAGGUGCGAACAUACCUUAAUCAACCAUGCAUCUCAUAAACGGUUGGUCCGAUUCAUUUAUGUCUUCCGUAAUGGUUUGUAGGUGAUUACGUACAGAUUGAGGUUUAUGGAAAAAGUAUACACUAUAAAAAAACGGUUGAGUUAUAUAUUUCCAAAAUUAAAACUAAAAUCGACUAUCCAAAAGCGCACGCAAAGAAAAAAAUGGGUUUCACACAAAACAAUUUUUAUUGAGAUAGUGACAAAAGAAAAUCUGGUUUGAUAUAGCAAAUAUUGCUGCUGUAAACUACCAAACAAAGUAUUUAAUUUU